GUGAUAGGCUAGUUUUUCCCUCUUCCGUUGGAGAUGGCCCGAAGGAGCGCUAGCAUUUUGUCUUUCUGCUUUCUGUCUUGCACGUCGGGCAAAAUCCAUCGUCAGCUAGCUACUGACCUGCCACUGUUGGAGCUGCCCUCGUAAAAUCUAAUUGGGAUUUAAGAAAUUUACUCUGUAGAAAAAAAGAUGCUAUGUUGAUUUGGAACUCUCAAUUGAUCCUGUGACGGUUGCAAAGCGAAGAAAGGAUGGAAAUGAGAAGCUCCAGGGCCCAGGCAGCCAAACUGUGGCGGCAGAGUGGACGGAGGUCGGCUCCGGGCAGCCGCCGUUGCCGAUUAACUGCUUUAGUGCGGCGGUGAGGUGUGGAUAAGACGAGGGACGCGUGGAGCUACCGUGUUGGCCAUCCCGGCUUCACUCUCACUCCCAGUCUCUCUCGCUCGCUCUCAUGGAAGGGGAGACACCGGAGGCCGCGGCGCCGGCGACCUUCCUCCGCGGGGAGGAGGGGGCGUCGCCGGAGUCUGCGCGCGCGCGGUUCGAGCGCGUGAUCCGGCGCGUGCAGGCGGAGGUCUGCGCGGCGCUCGAGGCGCUCGAGGGCGGCGGCGCGCGGUUCCGCGAGGACGCGUGGACGCCCCCUGGCGGCGGUGGGGGGAUCAGCCGCGUGCUCCAGGGCGGCCGCGUGUUCGAGAAGGCCGCCGUGAACGUGUCCCUGGUCUACGGCGUCAUGCCCCCCGAGGCGUACCGCGCGGCGAGGCCCGACACCGCGGCGGUGGCGGCGGCGGUGGGAGGGGAGAAGGCAGGGCCGGUGCCUUUCUUCGCUGCCGGCGUCAGCUCGGUCAUUCAUCCAAUGAACCCAUUUGCUCCAACAAUGCAUUUCAACUACCGGUAUUUCGAGACAGAGGCACAUAAAGAUGCUCCUGGUGCACCUAGACAGUGGUGGUUUGGAGGUGGUACUGACUUGACGCCUUCGUAUAUCAUUGAAGAGGAUGUCAAGCAUUUUCAUUCUGUUCAGAAACAAGUAUGUGAUAAAUUUGAUCCCAGCUUUUAUCCGAGAUUCAAAAAGUGGUGUGAUGAUUAUUUUUAUAUCAAGCAUCGUGGUGAGCGACGUGGGGUGGGUGGAAUAUUUUUUGAUGACCUUAAUGAUUAUGAUCAAGAAAUGCUUCUUCACUUUGCUACAGAGUUGGGCUCAUUGAGGCGCCUUCCUUUCAUCUCUGCAGACUGCGCAGACUCAGUUCUUCCUGCAUACAUCCCCAUUAUAGAACGGCGCAAGGACACUCCAUUUACUGAGGAUCACAAGGCAUGGCAUCAGCUACGGAGAGGUCGCUAUGUAGAGUUCAACCUCGUCUAUGAUCGGGGCACCACAUUUGGCCUCAAGACUGGAGGACGGAUCGAGAGUAUCCUUGUCUCUCUUCCUCUUACCGCACGGUGGGAGUACGAUCAUAAACCUGAAGUAGGGACUGAAGAAUGGAAACUUCUUGACACGUGCAUAAAUCCAAAGGAAUGGAUCUGAUUGGUUGAAAAGUGUUUGUUCUUCUGAUAUUUGUUGUUAAUAUGUCAUUAUAAUCUUUAGUGUUCCUUCUGUA